UGUUUAUUUUCAGAUGGAAAAUGGCGUCUUCUGAGCCGAGCCGUGUUGUGGAUGUGGGUGAGGCCGUGUCUGUGGAGAAACAGGGGCCGGAUGUUGAUUUCUGGGCCGGAUUCGGGCCCAUAGUGAAGCGAGAGCCGGUGGUGAAGCUCCUGAGUCCGGUGAGCGGGUUGGAGGCUUUGACGUGGUCGGAGGAUCAUCGGCUCGCCGUGUCCACUGUGAGCAGUGUGUCCCUCAUGGAGCUGCUGUGCGAGCAGCACACACACAGCCAGGGUUUAGUGCUUCACCGCACUCACAUCCCUCUACCGGAGUCCGUGUGUGAACUCAAGGUGGGCCCGGAGAACAAAGUGCAAUCAGUGAAACGAAAGUUUGAAAACUCUGAUGAGCCUUCAGUGAAGCAGGUUUUUCUGCUGGAUAGAAUUAUGAAUCCUCAAGCCGGGGCUCCGCGUGGCAUAAAGUACACCAGCUGGUCGCCGCUCGGCUGCGACAUGAACGGGCGGUGCGUUCUGGCUUGCCUUACGCUAGACUGCCGCUUGACCGUUCACAGCAGCCACAAGCACCUGCAAUGGACUCAGCUCCUGGACCUCACUGAGCUUUAUGGUGACAUGCUAAAAUCGAGAAACUACUCAAGUAGCAAUGCUUCUGAACCCUCGCCGGGAGACCUGGCGGAUUUUGAGGAGUUUCAGAGAAGGUAUCGGAUGCAGAUGCCUGUGCGGAUGGAAUGGUCCAGCUUGUGCAACACGCAUCAGAUCCAGAGCAACAACGAGUGCAAGGAUGUGGGGACCGUCCUCCUGGCCGUGCUUAUGGAAAACGGGGACUUGGUGGUAUGGCAGUUCCGCCUGCCCAUAGAAGGAAAGGAAUCCGUUGUCUCUUGCAACACGAUCAAAUCGGACGUGUCGUCACCAAGCGUGUUAGCCUGGUGGGAGUACGAGCAUGGUGGACGCAAGAUGAGCGGCCUGAUCGUGGGCAGCAUGUUGGGACCUGUUAAAAUAUUGCCUGUGAAUUUGAAGGCCGUGAAAGGAUACUUUACCCUCAGACAGCCGGUGGUGCUGUGGCAAGACACGGAUAACAUCCCAGUGAGCAACAUCAAGUGCAUCACACUCUUCCACCCUCAGCAGAAGUGUAACUGUAGUUUGGUUGUCGCAGCACGAGGCCCAUAUAUCUUCUGGUGCUUGUUGCUCAUCUCCAAAGCAGGUCUAAACGUGCACAACUCUCACGUUACUGGCCUUCACUCGGCACCAAUUACGUCCUUAAGUGCCACGCACAGAAGAAGCUCAGUCUUCACCUGCUCUCUGGAUGGCACGGUCAAAAAGUUGACACCGGUCUUUACCGACACGGCUAUCGUUUUCAAGCAACAGGAGAUGGAGCUUCCUGAAGGUGUUCGUGGCUGCCGCAUCCACGGGAUCGCCACCAGCCCAAACGGCGCCUACCUCACUCUGGCCACCACGGAAGGCAUGAUCAAUGGGCUGCACCCAGUUAUCCGCACCAACCUGGUGCAGUUCGUCACGCUCAUGACGCCAGAUGAAGCAGGAGCAGAGCUUCUUGAAUCACAAACACAAAGCCUUUACAAGCAGGCUGACCUGCUGGAUCUGGUGCGAUGGCGUGUCAUGCAUGACAAACAGAUUCCUCAAUUCCUCCAAGACGAGCUCGAUGAGAAGACGCCCACAUCAAACUCGACAUACCUUUGGAGACUCAAGCUCUUCCUGUUGCGUGUCCUCCACCGGUCCUUGCAGAAGUUGCCGGUGGAGGUGCGUUGGAGGCCCACCCAUGAGGACGGCAAAGCUUUUCUGCCAGACGAGGUGGAGAGCGACACGGUGGACAGGAGCAGGACUGACGACGCCCCUGAGACGAACGAAUCCAAAGCGAAGAAAGCUGAAGGCGAGCCAGACGAGGAGCGAAUGAGCGAAAUCACAGCAUGGAUCGAGGAGGUGGAAUCGCACCUGACGCGUGAGCACAUGAAGAGGGUGCUAGGAGAGGUCUAUAUGCACACGCUCAUCACAGAGAACACGUGCAUCCCCACUAAAGGGAUCUGUGACUUCCUGUCGAACGAUCCUACCAAUGAAGAUCGAGCUGCCAAGGUUCUGAUUGGACACGUAAUGAAGAAAAUGAACAAGCAGACGUUUCCCGAGUACUGCAGUCUGUGUAAAGAGGUUCUGCCCUUUACUGACCGCAAGCAGGCUGUGUGCAAUAGCGGACACAUAUGGCUCAGGUGUGUGCGGUCAUAUCAGGUCUGUCAGAGUGUGACGUACCGCCGCUGUCUGCUGCAGGACAGCAUCGCUUCAGUGCCACAGCCUGAGGAUCCAGACUGGGUGAAGAAGAUCUUACAGGGGCCGUGUACGUUCUGUGACUCGCCGCUGCUUUGACGCACUCGACGUAGAAACACCGCAAGUCCCAAAGCUGCUGAUACACACCUUACAAUCUGUCCAGCGCUGUUUAUUUAGGUGUUUUUUUUUCUUUUAUAAAUCUAAUAAUCCAUGGCUAAUAUAUGAUAUGUAAUGUAUGAGCAUUCUGAAUGAACUGUGUAAUUUUUCCGUCUUUUCUAAAGCACUGGUUUGUUUUGUCUAGAGUUUGGGAUUGUUUUUGUUCUGUGGUGCCGAGGUCAGUUGUGUGUACGAAUGGAAAAGGCGGGAAAACCUCCCCCAACUAAGACACCAACUUUUUUUUUUUUUUUUUCCUCCCCCCAUUUUUCCUCUUCUAUCUGCUGAACACUUCCUGUUUGAUCCCUAUGCUGCUACGUACAAUUCCUCUUUACCACAACUUUUUCUUUCGGCUUCGUCGUAUGGUUUCGCUUCUUAAUUGGCUUUCGGAAACAUCUCCAUCGGCAGCGUCCUCGGUCUUCACACGAGAACUUUACACAGGCUGGAUGAGGAGAGAUUAAAGCCCGCGAGAGACAGAUAUGCAGCGAGAGACAGAGGCAAAAGUGUUUUAAGAGUGCGUUUCGGCGCUUCCCAAGGGAUGCGCGUCUAAUGAGAUACCAGAGUAAUGAGGCACGGGUUCCAGCCACAGAUGUGAUUCUCAUUUUAAUUAAGAAGAGGCGGGGUUAGAGUGCAUAUUGUUAAAUAUAGUUAACCCUCUUUCUUUUUAUGGGCCGUGGGGAAAUAAAUACAGAAGCCGUACAGUUUGACACAGGAUCCGACUGUACGUUCUUCCCCAUGUUCCUACCUCAGGAUCAGAGCCGGGAGAUGAUGUUUCGAAAAUGGUGUUUCGGUUCAGUCUCGUUCACUCUUAUCCUCUAUAUCGGAUCCCGAUCCCCCAGAACGCCCUGCUCCGUCUCUGAGGUCGUUGGAGUGUAUCACUUGAAAUAAGAAGCGCUUAGAUUUUAUAAAAGGAUGCUGAUAUAAAAAGCCCUGCUGUUUGUUGCUCAUGGUUCACCAGUCCUCCAAAAAAAUGCCGGUUUUUAAGUACAACGAGAAUGCAGUUGUGAUCAAAGAAGGGCGAGAACCCAAAAGGAGAACUCGCUACAGCAUCAAAUGUGUCUGUUAUGCGUCACUGUAAAUUUGUCCACCAACACAGCAUCCCAUGUAAUCCUGAGGCAGAUAAUUGUUUUAGUAUAAAUACACAGGUGAUUUAUUAAAAAUAUAUAUAUAUUUCAAACUACAAAAGCGGCAUGCAAAUGUAACUAGAAUGCAUUUCCGGAGAAAAUGCGAAAGUGUGCUUGCUCAGGCGCGCCGCCAUGGCGACCCGGCAAGAGAAGCGACCACACGCCCACACAAGUUUUGUGUCAACACGCAAAAGUUUGGCCAAGACACAAGGCAGAUUCUCAUACGCAGAUGACAGGCCAGCAAGGGUCUUUACAGGGACAUCCCAGAGCAUCACUAACCUGAAGAUUUAGAUGCAAUUCUAAAUCCGUAAAGAAAUAUGACCCAAAAAAUGUUUUUGCUCAUUGUGGCACCCCCUAGUGGCCAAAUGACACCAAAUUUGAUGAGGGUACAUGAACUGGUGCCGAAAGUCAUGUCAACAAAUAUGGUCUUGAAACAUCGAAGUGUUUCUGAGAUAUGAGCCAAAAUACGUUUCUGCUAAGUGACGCCCCCUAGUGGCCAAAUGACACCAUAUUUGAUGAGAGUAGUUUGGAUGGUGUCCAAAGUCAUGCCACUAAAUAUGGUCCUGGUACGUCAAAGCGUUUCCGUGAUAUGAGCUCACUUCCUGGUUGGUGGCUUCGCCAUCAAUUGUGAUUGGCUGCCACGGGCGAACGCUUUGACCUAUGAGAGCGAAACGAAUAUCAUUCAUCAGGCAUGGACUGGAGAUUGUGUGCCAAGUUUCGUGACGAUUGGACAAAACAUGCGGCCAGGGUCACUACCUUCACUUUGGAAAAAAUUAAAAAUGGCAGAAAAUCUAAUGAGGCGGAAAAUGACGUCAUAGGGUGCGUUGGAAUCGUCUAGCUCCAAGGAUUCCAACAGUACCAGACUUAUGAAAAUCGGACAUGCGGGUCAAAAAUUACGUGCAUGAACGCAUGUAAGAAUUUGAUCAGUUGAUGGCGCUAGAGCAUGAGACGUACCCACAUGAAACUUGAUGAAACCAAUCAGGGUCCAUUCCUCUAUCAGUGUACCAAGUCUCAUGACUUUACACCUUACGGUUUGGCCUCCCGAAGGAAAGAUCUGUUUUUUGCGUUGCGUGCCCAUUCAUUUCAAUGGGGAAAUUAUGGGAGAACGACAAGGUGUAUCGAAAAGCUGUAUACAAGCAUACAUCUGCACUACAGGCUGGACAAGUGAGAAGUGGAACGGCGUCUCUAACUCGAAUGCCGCGGGAGGAGUAGCGGCUCAAAAAAGUCGGUGGAAAAGAAUAAAAAGAAGCUUUAAUAAUAAUAAAAAACGCGUCGGAAAACAACAGUGUGCUCGCUUUGCCAGCACACUAAUAACACUGCGGCGCAGACUUGUCACUUAUCUACGCCGAGUCACAUAAAAUACUUUUGUUUUGAAAUCGAUAAACUAAAUCACAAUCCCACCUUACCUUUUAAAUAGCUUUAGACCAAACUUCAGCGCGUCUUUAGUGCUUUUAGGAACAGCGUUUUCUUUCAUCAUUUGUAAUUGUUCCUCACUUACAGUGAUGAAGCAAUCGGCCGCCAUUUUGCCAAGUCGCUCGAGGUGAUUAUCGAGAAAUAGUUUGAAUUUCUCAACCAAUCAACGCAUGAUUUUCUAUAAUCACCUCCGUAUUUAUACUAAUUUGCGUUAAAACCUCCUUGAAAAGUGACUAAUAAUGGAAGUAAAUGUUUAUGUACGUUUAAAUAUACUUUUAUAGAUUGAACGUGCUCUGUAGCUAUACAAGUUGUACUUUUCGCCCUUUGGGGGAUAGUCUCUAGAGUUUACGCAAAAUUGUGCGUAAAACAAAAAACAUCCAGCGAGCAGCCGUUCUGCAGGUGGAAACGUCCUGUUGAUGAAGGAACAGCCAGGCUUGAGUUUGAGCCCUUGAAAGGAAGUCUGUGCUAACCCAAAUAAACCACUCUAUACAACCAUGGUGAGCAGAAAAGCAUCUCAGAACACAAGAUGUCGUACUUUGAUGCAAAUGAGCUGACUUUUCUCAUCAACAAGGCGUUUCUGCUCACAGAACUGCCGCUCGGGUCUUUCGUUUUUAGUUAAUUAAGAAAUGUUUUUAAAGAGAAAUUGCAAAAUACAGGUGGAUUGUUUUGCAGUCGCUCUGUCAUAGUCGCACAUACGCUACGCAGCCGAUUGGUAGAAAUUACACAAAAAAAAUGUUCAGUCUUGAAUGAGGUGGAACAAGCCUAAAUGACUGUCACGCUCAACUUUUUUUUUUUUUUUCCUUGUUUGUUAUGAACGCUGUUUUUCUCAGGAGGCGCUCGUCCUUUUGGUGUGGGCGAGGGCGUGUGCCAUGCUGAUAGGUGGAGACCCAUUGUGCCGAAAAGGUUAGCAGUGUUUUGGCAGAGCCUCCUCCGUCUUUAAUAUAAUGAGAUGUCAGAAAGCAUUUGUACAAUAAUUACAGCCCCCUCCUCCUCCUCCCUUUCUUUCUUUGUACGCACACACUCAACCCUUCAAAACACAGGCUUUGUUUCUGCAACAUACGAUAUUCAGAGCCUCUUCUUUAAACGGUCACUUGGAUCCAGGACUUUUGUUGCAGCAUGUCGUAAUGAGUCGCUGUAUUUUAAUUCAGAUGUUCAUACAUGUGUAAAUCUGCUUUUUUUUUUUUUUUGAACCAGUAUAAUAGGUUCGUUAUGAAACCUCUCAUGCACAGUAUUUUGAUUAAACGUCUUAAAUGAGUGAGUGAGUGGGCGUGCCACUGCUGUAAGUAAGCUACUGUAGAAAUUAGGCUCCAGUGCUGUUGUUUUUAUCUUUCUGCUGCUUAUACACUGUACGUGCUCUAAUUCCUUAAUGGGCACCAUUUAUCUUAAAUUAAAAUGAUGCCGUCUGUGUAUAUCUAUAUUAAUAACCAUUUUUGCUGCCAUAAAGUGUGUAUAUAUUAUGUGAUCUCAAAUAAAGGCAAUUUUGUAAAAUUUUGAA